AGUCUCAUUCCUUGCUUGGCUCCUUCUUAUCCACAAAGAUAAGAGGGAUAAGGAGGAAUAAGAGGGGUAUUCCACUAUUCCUCCCCUUUCCAGUUUGCACCACCUCGCUUCCCCACAAUGUUGUUAUCUUCUCCGUCGUCAUUUCUGAUACUCCCUAAGUUGAAGUCUCUCAGCAUUAGCUCUCCAUUCCUUCAUGGAUCCUCACCAAUUCAUCACCUCAAUAAACCCUCCUCAUCUCUCUCAACUUCAAACCUAUCUCCCCCUUCUUUUCUUCCUCAAAUUCGUGCUAUGAAAACGUUGCAGGGGAGGGUCGUUUGCGCCACCAACAACAAGACUGUUGCGGUUGAGGUAGUGCGUCUCGCCCCACACCCAAAAUACAAGAGAAGGGUGAGGAAGAAGAAGAAGUUCCAGGCUCACGACCCUGAGAACAAAUUCAAGGUUGGGGACUUAGUACAACUCGAGAAAAGUAAACCCAUCAGCAAGACCAAAGCUUUUAUUGCUAUUCCCGUCGUUGAAAGGAGAAGGCCCAAACCCUCUGAAGCCGUGCCGCAAGAGCUUGGUAUCCCAUUGGAGUCCCAGCAGACUUAGAUGGCUCCCUCAUCAAUUUGAGUUUCAGGAGUCAAUUGAUAGAUUUCAGUUCCCUGAGAAAUCAAAGCAAAGGAAACCAGACCUUCUUGUCAUUCUUGGGGGGAGCCAAAGUGGAGGGGGAGGGAGAGAAGAGGCUGGGAGCAGUGAGGAGCUUCUGAGGAUCAUAUUCUCUAUUCAGUGUGCUCUUAACAGUUCGGAGGACUUGCUUAUGUAAUUUCCUUUCCUAAUAAUAUGAAUGUAUGAUGUAUCUAUUCCAAGGGAAAAGUUAUCUCUGAACCGAUGUCGAUUUCUUUGCCUCUCACAUAAGUAUUUUCUGUUGUUUUUUCUAA